UCCUGUGCGCGGUGGAGGCAUCGCGCCGCGGAUCAGAACAGACCAGCAGGACCGUCAUCCUGUUUCCGUCAGUCACCAUCUCUGAGUGUUUGGAUCAUGGAUCCGUAUCAGAACCAGCGAGGCGCCAGAAACCGGCUGCAGCCCAGCAGAGACUCACCAGGAGGAGCCCAGACACCUGAAGACCCCCACACAGACGCACCUGACCGCGGGAACCAGACACCGGGCAGCCGGCAGCCGCAGUACUCAAGUGGAUACACCCUGAUCCCACCAAAUGACUCUCUGCGAAGCAAAAUCAAAAUGAUGGCUCAGAAAGAAGAGGAAGCUCUGCAGAGAUGGAAAGAGGAAAACAGACCCGCUCCCGUGCAGCUGAACCCAGAGAGGCUCGGUGGUGGUAAUGUCACCUUGGCUGGAGCGCGAGAGAAGCAGUUUUCGGAUUUACGCUGCUCUAAACUGCAGAAGAAGCUGAGAAAGGAAGAGCAGGAGAGAAGGAGAAGACAACAGGAGGAGGACGAGUUACAGAAGAUGAAAGACGAACAGAGGGCGAAGGCCGAGCGCCUGCAGGAGAGGAGGCGACAGGAGGAUCAGAGGAGGAGGGAGCAGUUUGGGCAGGAUCGCAUCAGGAAGACUGAGCGUUUUCUGCAGAGGUUUGAGAGGACGGCCUCCGCUCCGCUGGCAUCCGGCAGCGCCACACACACGUCAUCCAGGAGUGAGGCGGUGGAGAGUCAACAGAAGGAGCCAAAAAGUGAGAGAGACGUAGAGCUGGAGCACCGGAGGGUGAACUCAGCCUUCCUGGACAGACUCGAGGGUCGAGGCAGAGCGAGUGAGAAAGAGACGAAGGAGGAAGGCGUUCAGGAGGACAUCAGACACCAGCGGCCAAACCAAAGUGGACAACAGCUCCCCUCAGCUCACCUGAACGCAGACCCCGAACAGAGCUACUCCGACUGUGCCGAGGACGACGACUCUGACUAUGACUGGGCCUUGAUGAAACUGAUGAGCAGCUUUCCAGACUGCAGCAGAGUCUUCCUAGAGGACAUCCUUGACCAGUGCAACAAUGACUAUAAUCAGGCCUACACACUACUCAACUGCACGCUGAAUUAAAAUUUAUAUUGUGAUUGACACUUAAGGAAUUAAGCCAAAGGGGGAAAAAUGUAUUGAGUGUUCAGGUGAUAAAAAAAAGCUAUGAGUUUCCUUGGGGGUGGAUGCAUUUAAAUGCUGCCUGCACUACACAGCUGUAUUAAAUAUAUACCUAUAAA